AUUAAAGAACACCCAAGCUGUCCGAAUUGUCAUCAAUUAUUACUUUCAACAGACGAACAGAAUGCGGCAGUCAAAGGAAUGAAGGCAGAAAGUUCAAAUUGUAUGGCAUGUCAGCAAACCUUUCAAAAUGACGAUUUUAAAUUUUGUUGCGGACAUAGAUUUCACGAAGAUUGUAUAGUUAUUCGCAUCCAAACUAAUCCUAGCUAUCCAACCUGCCAGUUUCCGUUGAUUCCCUAUGAUCAGGUUAACG